AUGAAGCUCACAGCCCCGGUGCCAUUGGGCUUAGUGUUGACCUGGCUCUGCGCAUGCACCAACGUGGUUAGGGCCAAGGAUGCCCCGACGGUGAUUGCCGGCAUGAAUAAUCUUCGCCAAAGUGUCGACAGCGCUCACACCAUGUUUGACGCCUACGAUGGCGGAUGGUUGAAAUCCUUGGAGCUGGGACGCGCCGUCUGGGACGUCUACUCGUCCACCAAAUCAGCUAGGGGGCAGUGGGAUUCGGCUCCGCCUUUCGAGGACCAUGAGGUGGCCGAUAUCUUGGUGACCUAUCAUGCUGUGAGACGCUCUAUUGCGGAUGUCAUGGCUCUUGCUGGUAGCAAGGGGUCGGUCUAUGACAAGAGCGGUAUUCGGCUCAUGGUCGUUGCCAUCAUGCAGCUGUUUGAGAACGAACGGAGUGAGUUUCAACAAGCUGCGCGAGCGAAGAUCCCUGAAUCGUUCCAUGAUGAUAUUGCGGGUCCGGUGGCCAAUCUUAAGACGGAAUUCCAGAGUGCGAUGAAAGCGCUCGUAUAA